CUCCCUGGCCCUGCAUUCCUCCCCCCUCCCUCCCUCUUCUUUCUCCGCAUUCUUGUCCUCCUCCCCUCGCCGCUUCUCGGUCCGGGCUCUCCUCUCCUUCAGCUGUCACGAGCCGCCGGCGUCUCGUGCUCACCUUUUCUGUUAUGAGUGCCACCGGGGCGCCGCCUCCGAUGGCCUACGGCUACCCGAUGGCCCCGCCGCAUAUGGCAUACCCGGCGCCACCGGGCACUCCGGCUCCGGCCGGUGCGGCCACUCCGGCUGCCGGGCCCAGCACCCCGGCCCCGGCGCCGCACCCGGGUUACUAUCACCCCCCACCGGGGUACGGUCCGCCCCCGCCGGCCAGUCCUUCCGGUGUACCUGCUCCAGCUGGGGCUCAUCCUCAGGCGCCGCACAUGGCAUAUCCCGGCUACCCCGGUCACUACAUGUACCCGAUGAUGCCGCUGCCACCGGCCGCCCCGGCGCCUGUGGCUGCAGCGACUCCCGCUCCGGCUGCCCCCGCUGUCGCAGCGGCGGAUGUCACACCGGCCGCCGCGCCGACUGCCACACCGGCCGCCGCACCGGCCGCCGCGCCGACUGCCACGCCGACCGCCACGCCGGCCGCCACGCCGGCCGCCGCACCGGCUGCCGCACCGGCUGCCACGCCGGCCGCCACCCCAGCUGCUGCUGAUCCUGCAGCUGCCGUCGCUCAUCCGCCCCACAUGCCAGGCUACUAUCCUGGCUACCAUCCAUACAUGUCCUAUCACCCGGGCUACCCGCCCCCAGGACCUCCGCCUCACGGCUAUCCCGGCUAUGGGGCAGCCCCCGCAGCAGCGCCGACCACCGUUCCUCCUGCUGCCUCUCCCUCUUCGCCUACUACCCCGGCUCCGGGUGUUGCCCCUGCGGCGGCGGCGGCGGCGGCGGCUGCUGCUGCUGCCUCGCCGGCUCCCGGAUCGCCAGCUGUUACACCCAUGUCGGCGCCCAUGUCACCGGCACUUGCGGCCAGCGAUGCUGCGGCGGCCUCUCCGGCGUCGCCGGCCCCGAUGUCUGUUCUCACGUCUCCCGCGGCUGAGAGUGCCACCUCCACACCAUCCCUCCCGGCUGUCAGCUCGCCAGCCGCGCCAGGCACGCCAACGGCCGCGCCUGCUACUCCGGCUGCGCCUGCUGCUCCGGCGGCUCCGACUGCCGCACCUGCCGGCCCUGCCGCCGUACCUCCCGGCUAUCCUCCCUAUGGCUAUCCGGCUCCGUAUGGCUAUCCCCCGUAUGGGCAUCACCAUCCUGGCGCCCCGAUGCCUGGCUAUGGAUACCCGCCGCCGGGGGCUCCGCCUGGGCACAUGCCCAUGGCCGGGUAUCCUGGGUAUCCGCCGCCCCCCCCGGGCGCUGGUUACCAUCCAGGCUACCCCCCGCCUGGGUAUCCCGCACAUCCCGGGGCUCCGUACAUGCACGCGCCUGCGGCCACUUCGGCCACGGGUGAAGCCGCCGCCGCGGCAGCGACACCCGCCACCAGCGGCACCCCGGGGACCCCGGCCUCGCCGGCCAGCACCCCCACCGCCGGGGCGGCUGCUGCUCCCGGAGCUGCUGCCGCCACGCCUCCCACUGCUGCCGCUGCUGCUACUGCGGCUUCCAUGCCUCCAAUGGGCUAUCCCCCGAUGGGGGGAUAUAUGCCGUAUCCCGGUCCCUAUGGCCAUCCGGCGGUGUAUGGUGACCCGGCAGCCGCUGGGAUGAUGCCCGGCAUGCCGAUGCAUGCCUAUCCCCCCGGCAUGUACCCGGGCAUGGUGCCACACCACCAUCCAGGCAUGGCCCAGGCCUCGGCCAUCGGGGCAGCAACACCUGGGCCCCUGUCCACGGCCGCGGUCCCUGUCGGUGGCACCGGGGCCACUCCCUCGAUCGCCAAGCCAGAUGCGGCGGCCACCGGUGAGGAAAGCAUUCCCCCCCUGGAGGCGGGAUCGGCGGCGGCCGUGGCCGCGGCCACGGCCGCCACCGGAGAUGCCGCCACCUCGACAUCGACCGACAUCGUCCUGGCAGCGGCCUCGGAUGGGGCUCCUCAAAAGCGCCGGCGCGCCCGCCGGAGCAAUGUCGAUGGGAGCUCCGCCGGCGCGCCGGCCCCGCGCCGGCGUCGGACCGCCGCCGAGGCGGCCCUUUCCACGGCUCCUUCCUACCUGACCGAGCGAGUAAUCGAUGCCGCGGCGUCGGCCCUGGAGCAGCCGGCCGCGCGUCGGCCCGAGCCCCGGCGCCGGGGGAUUGGGCUGAUUCAGCCCUCCAACUUCCGCAUCUACUCCGGGCCGUUGGAUGCUCGGGUGCGGAAUUUCUACCCCCAGCGGCAUCUGUGGGCCGGGUGGGAAACCAAGCAGGGCAUCAUCAAUCGGGUUCACAGCGUGCGCGAUGAGUUCCUGCUGAAGCUGGCCGGGAUGAAUAUCCCGGUGCCGGAUUCCCUGGACUAUGUCAUGAAGACCAUCCGUCGGACUGGGUCCUUCUCUGUGCCCCUGAGUGAGGAAUAUCCGCCGCGUAUGGAUGCGGCGGCGAUGGCGGCGGCGGCCGCCGAAGCAGCGACAGCAGCAACAGCAGCAGUAGCAUCGACGGACCCGACGGCCGUGGUCCCGGCAGCCCCGGGAACGCCCGUCCCCUUGGUGGCGCCGGCUCCCGGUCCCGAGGCGAGUGGUCCAGUGGCCGCCGGUGGUAUCGUGCCGAUCGAGGGCACUCCGGCAAAUGUGGAGGAUGACCUGCUGAAGCGGGCCGCGAGCAGCACCCCCCCCCUGAGCAGCAGCACGGCGACCACGCCGGUGGCGCUGGCGGCGACGGCGGCAGCCGCCACCCUGGCCCCGACACCUGGUAUUUGUGCGCCAGGUGCGGCGCCCGGGGCCGGGGCGGAUGGGACGUCCAUCAGCCGGGCAGCCGUCUUCAUGCCAGCGACCCAUCCUUCUGAUGGGUCGGAGGCCGUGGCCUUCGCCCAGGCCCCACAUGCGAUUCCCCCGUCGCCGCAUUCGGCCAUCAUGCAGGCCACUCGCCGGCAUACGGUGGCCAAUGCCCUGGCGGCCAUUCCCUCGUCAUCGGUGAGCGCCUCGGCAGCGAUCGCGGCGGCCGUUGACGCGGUCAAGGCGGCAAGUGUUCGUGUGUCUCAUGACUCCUCAGCCGGGGAUGCUUCUGUGGCUCCGGAACCAUUGUCGGCCGGGCUUUUGGUUGCGCCAUCGGCUUCCGCUUCGACUGCUCGGGCCCCGUCGACGGUGGUCUCUCCUGCCGCGGGGGACAUGGCCGCCUCGGUCGCUUUGGUCGCGCCUGGGGCGGCUGCUUCCUCGGCGACGAUCAUGGUUGGUGCGACCGCGGGCCUGGGUGCGGCGUCGGCACUCCCGCCGGCGCCCUUGCCGCCUGAUGCCUCCGCAGUGACGGCCAUGUCGGCUGGCGGUGUGGAGACCGGCGAGGCGGCUGCCGCCGAGGCGGCUCCCUCGGCCGAAAAGGGUGGCGUAAGUGCUGUGCUUGUGGCGGCCGCCGCAGCCGCCGCGGCAGCCGCUACCUCCUCCCCCUGA